UUGCAUCAGCAACGGGCGUACGAGGAACCAAGCAGCCGGGCUUUACUAUCUCUCACGGUCGCUGAGAGACUCAUCAGAUUCUCGCCUCCGCAUUCCUCUCGUCCUCCACAAGGAAAACCCUAAUCCUCCAUUUCCCAAACCUUACCCAAAUUCAACAAGAGGAAAUUCUGAGCUCCGAUCAUGGCGUUCUCUCUCCGCCUCUUAUCCAAAUCCAAGCAGUUGAAUGUCAGUCGAGCCAUUCUACGGCAGGAGCAUGCUGUUCCAGUUCGUUACUUUGCCAAAGAAGCUGGUCGCCCUACUGUUCUUAAGGGAGAUGAGAUGUUGAAGAACAUCUUUUUGGAAGUUAAGAAGAAAUUUGAGACAGCCAUGGAUGUACUUCGGAAAGAAAAGAUCACCAUUGAUCCGGAAGAUCAAGCUGCAGUGGCUGAAUAUGCUAAGGUCAUGAAGACAGUGCGGGAGAAGGCAGACUUGUUCUCAGAGUCUCAACGAAUCCAAUAUACCAUUCAGACCCGUACAAAGGAUAUCCCAGAUGCCCGUACAUAUCUGUUGACCUUGAAGGAAAUAAGGAUCAAGCGAGGUCUCACUGAUGAACUUGGUGCAGAGGCUUUGAUGUUUGACGCCUUGGAGAAAGUUGAGAAAGAACUGAAAAAGCCUCUUUUGAGGGAUGACAAGAAAGGAAUGGCUCUUCUUUUGGCAGAGUUUGAUAAGAUCAACAAGAAGCUUGGAAUUCGUAAAGAAGAUCUUCCAAAAUAUGAAGAGCAGCUAGAACUCAAAAUUUCCAAAGCACAAUUGGAGGAGUUGAAGAAAGAUGCUCUUGAGGCAAUGGAAACUCAAAAGAAACGGGAGGAAUUCAAGGAUGAGGAGAUGGUUGAUCCAAAGUCUUUGGACAUCAGAAACUUUGUCUAAUCUAUGCCCGUUUUCUUAGUGAUUGAAUCCUUCGAAGUCAAAGAUAUGCUUUGUGCAAAAUUGAGGCCACUGACUAUCUUAGAGUAUGAGGAGUGCCUCAUUCUGUUUUAAUAAAGGCACCUUAAGAUUUGAGAGUGCGGCAACUAUGGCAGAUUUUCGAGAUAAUCUGAUGUUUUGCUUUUUCUCUGAUUUAUUGUUUUAUGUUACCGGGAGAGAACUGGAAAUCUGGUGUCACUGGUUGCAUUUAUGUAGUUACUUUGUUUUUUCCAAUCCCUUUUGGUUUAUAGUAUUUACUGCUAUGUGCAAUUCUUCUUCAA